AUGGCAUCUGUCAAUCAAAUGGGGGAAGGGAAUCUUCCUAGUGUCACAGACCUCUUCUCACUUAAGGGCAAGACGGCGAUAUGCACUGGUGGUACGGGAGGACUUGGGCUAUCAAUGGCAAUUGCGCUGGCGGAAGCAGGGGCUAAUAUUGUAUCAAUUCAGAUCAAGGACGACCCACGCGCGUCGAUGUUAGCAGAGGCCGUGAAGGAAUGUGGUCGGGAACUCAAGGUGUUUGAAGCCGACGUUGCCGACUCACCGUCCUUGCGAGCCUGCUUUGCAAAGAUCUGGGACGCCGGCGUGGUGCCAGACAUCUUGCUCAACUGUGCCGGUAUCAAUCGACGAGCUAAAGUGGAAGACUUUACAGAUGAGAAUAUUGACGCUGUUUUCUCUAUCAAUCUCAAAGCUUCCUUUGUGGCGGCACAGGAGUUUGGCAAGAAACUGCUUGAGCUUAAGCGUCCCGGCAAGAUCAUCAACAUUGCCUCCAUCAUCUCAUUCAUUGGAAAUAUCAACAUCGCCGCGUACGCGUGUACCAAAGGGGGGGUCUUGCAAAUGACAAAGGCAAUGAGUAAUGAAUGGGCUUCCAAGGGCAUCAACGUGAAUUGCAUCUGUCCUGGCUAUAUCAAAACAGCAAUGACAAAGGUGUACACGGAUGAUGCCGAGUACACAAAGUAUAUCAUAGACCGCACGCCUGCUGGUCGUUGGGGGUUGCCGGAAGACUUUCGCGGUGUGGUGAUAUUCCUAGCCAGCAAGGCCAGUGAUUUCGUGUGUGGCACUAGCAUCGUGGUCGACGGUGGGAUACUCGCUAAAUGA